UCUGUCUGAUCUGUCAAAAAAGGGUGGCUCGCUCGGCGAGUUGUUUUUUAUUUUGAGAUUUUGGUGUUUCACAAUUUUUCAUAGUUGUCUAAAAUGGUCUAAAACUUGUGUAUUAUUUCACUGAAAAUUUGGUAUUUAUACAUAAUUUAAAAGCUUUGUAAAAAGCUGAAAUAUUUAUAAUAAAGGAUUUAAUACAAACUAGUUUCAUGCCUACGUUUCAUGUAACAAAAUUUUAAGUACACAAUAUUUUCUAUAAUGAUUGACGUUCGAGAAACAAACGUGAGCUUGACUAUUCCAUUUUCAUCCAGUGAAACUGCAAAUUUGGUGCAAGAAGUGCUAAAUGUUGAUAAAGAACUAAAAGGAAGUGGUGUUAGCCGAACAAUCACAUCUGACCAGGACACAUUACACAUUGAUUUCAAAGGUGGAGAUCUCAAGAAAUUAAGAGUUGCUGUGAAUUCCAUGAUAAAAAACAUUUUAUUGGUUGUGAAGACUAUAAACCAGUUUGAAGUUUAAAGUACCAAGAUGCCAGAACACACUCCAGCCCCAACACAUGCAAGAUCUUUGUAUGGAUUUUUUAUGUAUUUAUUUAGCAAAACUGCACUUGGAAUUUACUGUGUCUGGGCAUUUACACCUGAUUUUGUCUUACACUAUUUUAAUAUUUAUUACUAUCCCCAAAGGUACUGGUCUACUGCAAUCCCAAUUCAAUUUCUUGUAGCUCUUACAUUAUUUGCUUUUUUGAUAUACCCCAGUUCAAAUUUAACAUUGUCAAGAAAUAUAGACAGCAUAAAUACUAUAAGAGAUCCUUCUUCUCAUUACACUAGCAAAGUAGAUGUCAAAAAUAAUCAGAAUGAAAAUCUAAAUUGCAUUUGUCCUGAUAAGAGUAAAUGUACUAAAGAUAGUUAUUUUCAUAAUCCUGUUAGUAAAGAAAACCAGGUGCCUCAACUAUAUGAUUUAGACAUAAGAUUUGUAUGUAAGAAAAUGUAUUUAAAUAAAUGAACCUUAGCAGUUAAAA